GGACCAGAGCUGAUCGAAAAAGCGAAUGGACUCCAUAGCUUCAUGAACUGGCCAAGGAACCUGCUCACAGAUAGUGGUGGUUUUCAGAUGGUGUCUCUGGUGGAGUUCUCCAAGGUGACAGAGGAGGGAGUGCAUUUCUGUUCUCCUUAUGAUGGGAAGCCGAUUCUGCUCACACCUGAAAAAUCCAUCGAAAUACAGAAUGCUCUUGGCUCCGACAUUAUAAUGCAGUUGGAUGACGUGGUCAGCAGCACCGUGAGUGGGCCACGCGUGGAGGAAGCCAUGUUGAGGUCUAUUCGCUGGUUGGACAGAUGUAUUGCAGCACACAGCAAACCUCACCAGCAGAAUUUAUUUGCUAUUAUUCAGGGUGGGCUGGAUCCCAUCCUCCGAAAGAAAUGUCUGGAAGAGAUGACUAAACGAGAUGUUCCAGGCUUUGCUAUUGGGGGCCUGAGUGGUGGUGAGGCCAAAGAUCACUUCUGGAGGAUGGUGGCCCUCAGCACAAAACGUCUCCCGAGGAACAAGCCUCGCUACCUUAUGGGAGUUGGUUAUGCUACUGAUCUGGUGGUGUGUGUAGCCUUGGGCUGCGACAUGUUUGACUGUGUCUAUCCCACAAGGACAGCCCGCUUCGGUUCAGCUUUGGUCCCUUGGGGGUCCCUGCAGCUGAAGAACAAGCAAUAUUCCAAGGAUUUCAGGCCCAUUGAUGAAAACUGUUCUUGCCCUACCUGCCAGAGAUACAGUCGAGCUUUCUUGAAUGCUCUCUAUCCUAUCGAUUCAGCUGCCAAGCACCACAUUACCAUCCAUAAUAUUGCCUACCAGAUGAACUUGAUGCGUUCGAUCCGCGAGAGUAUAACUGAGCAAAGGUUUCCCCAGUUUGUUCAGAGUUUCAUGAGGACUAUGUACGGGAACCCCAGCAACUACCCCCAGUGGGCUACGGAGGCGCUGGCCUCGGUCGGAAUUAACCUGGAGUGAGAGACAUCAAGAGACACUCCGGAUCCCAGACCUUCCUUGGGUUUGGUUGCCCUUCCGUGGCUGAUCCAGCCUGGCUUUCCCGAACAAUUACUCGGGUAGUGAUAAAACUUGAAAACUUCUCUCCAAGGAGAGGUGGAGAAAAGUUGAGUUCCUUCUCUGGCAGUCUAUCCCAAUGGCCUUGUCACAGUCGUUGGAGCUUAAAUUAAAUGUGUCCAGAAGUUCUUUGGUGUAUCUCUUUUGUAGUUCCAGCUGAUAUUUUAAACUUCUCAUUAAAUUCUCUAAAAUUAA